AUGGCUGCUGAGGACGAUUUUUUCAACCUGCGGCCGGCAGUUCCGGCAGACCUGCCGGAGCUGACGAAGCUGACCGUCAAUCCCUUCACCACCGGCGCCCUCGACUCCGCGGGGCUGACCUUCAGCGCGCAGGAGAUCUCGACUUACCUAAACUGGCGGCUGCCGCGCCUGUUGAUGGAUCCGAAAUCACUGCUACUCGUGCUUGAAUUCCGCCCCAUCAACUCAUUCAAGAAGGUUCCGGCCCGCCUCGUGGGCUGCGCAGUUCUGCGCCUUGGAUCUUCGGCAGCGCGUCCGGCGGAUUCCUAUCCCACCAAGUCCAGCCUCCUGCCGCUCUGGUUCAAUGCCGCUCUUUCCGACCUUACAGUAUGGCCUGAUUCCGAAACGGCCGAGGUCCACACCCGAUUCGAAGCUGCUCGAGCUGCCAUCGAACAGUCGGUCGAGCAGAACGCGACAGCAUUGGUAUUUUAUUAUGUCGAUUCGGAUUUUCAAAGCUGUGGAGUCGGCUCCCGGAUGAUUUCCGCUGUUCGGAAGAAGGCCGAGGAGCUUGAUAAAGGUGACUCUGCAUUCAAGGCCGUCUUCCGCGGCGAGGACGUCAGUUUUGGUACAAUUUCGGGCCUAAGAGAUGUGACCAACGCCGGAAAACUGAAGCUGCCGCCCGUGGACGAGCGUGCGGCUAUGCCCGGUUUCUUCAUUCCCUUGUUCUAUCUGGUGCUGAUAUGCUCUGUCCUCAUUUACCCCAAGCUUUUGCGCAAAUUCAUCAUCACGACGGCUGUUUUGUCCUUCCUGUUGCUCAACCUGCAUUACACAGGAGGGGUAGACGGAGACUAUCAGAACACGACCAUGCUCGUCACAUCGGCAGUCAUGUGGAUCGAAUUCGGAGUUCUUGGUGAUCUCGAACGGGACGUAUUCCGGACAUGGGAGCAAGACGCGCCACUGGCAGAUCGACCGUGGUGGAAAAGGCUAGCAUGGAGCUAUGACCUGUGGACAACGUGGCGGGGCCCUGGAUGGAACUGGCAGUCCAGACGCUCGCCGAAGUUGCCUCCACACAUCGUUGAUCGACGGAGUUUUUUCGUUGACAACGCUAAGCGCGGAGUCUACUGCUGGGUGAUGAGCGAGCUCCUGAUGUUUUUGCUUGAAGCAACGCCAUAUACUCGGCUGGAAGGGCGCGAGCCCCUUGAAUCCGCGCCGCUCCAUAUCCAGGUGGCCGUAGCCUGGCUUGCAGCUCUCCACACACAAUACAGUAUGAGCCUCAUGUACCGCAUCAUCGUAUCUUUGCUUGUCCUAGCAAGGGCGAUACUGCUUUUCCCCAAUCUGGUCGUUUCCUCUUUGGGUAUCACUGGACUGGUGGCAAAAUACACCCGCGUGUUCCUUUCAUUUGCAGCUUCUGGAACCAUCCACGCGGCCGGUGCCUACAGUGCGACGCGAGGUUCUCUGGGCGAUAUGCGAUUUUUCAUUUCACAGGCAUUUGCCAUAGUCGCUGAGGACUGUGUAAUAUAUCUCGGCAAGAUGGCCGGGCUUCGAAAAUCAGGCAAGUGCCGUCCAUGUGCAUCAUUUUUACAAUCAGGCACUGACAGGGAAGACUAUAGCUUGGACCACCUCGCUGGGCUUCCUGUGGACUUUUCUGUGGUUUAG